AUGAAAGACUACGAAGGGAACAGAGUGCGUGACAGGGACAAAACUGAAGAACCGAAGAAGUCAGAAAAUUUGAAGAUUAUGGGCACCUCCAUUGGCCAUGUGCCGGAAGCAACUUAUAUGCUGUCGUUUUGCAACAGAACUCUGUCUUCUCUCAAUUGGCUGACUCUGGCAUGCUACGCCACAUGGCAAGUAGGAGGAGUAUAUGAAGAAGCAAGAUGUCCACGAAACAGGCAAAACUUGAAUAGAGUCCCCACCUUUUUGCAAAUUCUAAUGCAGAGGAUGCUGACCUCUUUGGGCCUGCUCUCAAAAAACGGCCUUACCGCAUCUGUUUCUUAUCCCCAGUACGUGAAAAGAAUCACCAAUAAGAAAGUCACUCCUGGUACUUAA